GAAACGAACCGUAGCCGCGACAUUGAUUCCACAUCACAACCUCCCUCUAUGAUAUAUAACCUCCCAUCCUAAUGCGCUUCCCAUCCAUCCCAACCAUCCUCAGAGCCUUCAACACAUUCUCCAACACCACAUUCCACUCAACACCAGUCUCGAACCUCCGCGGCUUGAACCCGAACCCCCGCAUCGCCCUCCUCAAGUCGUCUAUGCCCACUAUCCCCUUCAUCGGAUCCCUAUUCAGCUCGUCCUCGAAACCAAAGAUGUCGGACUCAUACCCAGUGCAGAAGAACGAAGGAGAGUGGCAGGCGCAGUUGAAUAAAGAACAAUUCCGCAUCCUCCGCCAAAAAGGCACCGAAUUCGCCGGCACCGGCAAGUAUGACAAGCACUACCCCUCCAGCGGCGUCUACACCUGCGUCGGCUGCGACGCGCCCCUCUACAAAGCCUCGCACAAGUUCGACUCCGGCUGCGGCUGGCCCGCCUUCUUCGACGCGGUCCCCGGCGCUAUUCAAGAGAAGCCGGACGGCCACGGGUGGUCGGCGCGGACGGAGAUCCUGUGCGCGAACUGCGGCGGGCAUCUCGGGCACAUCUUCAAGGGGGAGAAGUUUGGGAAUCCGAAGGACGAGCGGCAUUGCGUUAACAGCGUCAGUAUAAACUUCUCCAAGGAGGAGGGGGAUGCGGCAGCGGCGGAGAAGCCGAAGGUGUAGAUUGGGCCGGUGGGAUGUGUAGGAUACUAAGUUUGAGGAGGGGAGUGUUUGAGGGGGCGACUGGGCUAAGAAUUGCUUCGUCGGAGGACUGGCAGGGAUAGAUGAUGUUACGAUGAUACACACGCGGCAGCGAUAAUGGUAUGGUUUUGUAUAAAAUAUUUCUUGAGUACUCGCUUCCGUAUUCCAUGUCCCGGUGUCCUUUGUAUGUGCUCAUGAAGGCCUGCCUCUAAAUUCAUACCCUUAUAACUCCUCAUAACCCAUGACCUAUACUCAUCAUGACCCUACCUACGCAUAACGCAUGGAGCCCAUCAAACAUCACCUUCUCACCUCGACUUCCUC